CCCAAGCCACCGACUCUCUCCCUCUUGAAAACCCGGUGAGAUCUUGAUGAAAUUUCUCUUCUUUUCUUGUUAAAUCACAAGAUUUGGGGCUUAGAAUCUUCCCUCUCAACCCAGAAAAUCUUGGUUCUACUCUGUUCUUCUCCCCUAUCCGCCGGCUGCUAUGCUGGGUUUACCUUAAUUGCUUUUAUUUCCCUCAAUUUUGAGGUAGCCCGUGAGCCCCUCUGCAGAAAUGCCGCCGGCUUCUUCUCUCUGCCAGCUCCGGUUUGCUUGCUGGAAUUCUGGUAAGUUGUCGGCUCUUCUAAGUCCAAUUUAUCCAUGUAGUUAUUGCCUUGUGUUGAUUGGGUUUCUGCUUUUGAAUUGCCCUUUUUCUAUCCGAAACUUGCUGGAAGUAGGGGAUGAGUUGGCAGCCCUUAAAUGUGUUGUUGUUUAAAUUAUGUGGGAAUUACUUGAAUUGGCUGCUGUGGUGUUUUGUGUGAAAAUCCCGUGUGUGUGAGUUGUGGUUUGCCAAAGCCAUGCUCUCCUGCCCGUGAGAAAUGGGGAAUUUUGGUAGAUUAAGCAAUGUUUUUAAGCUUAGUUUAAGUGUAAAUUAGCUUGAAUUGGGUUGUUGUGAUUUCGGAGAAAAAUCCUGUGAGAUUAGCUAUGGUUUUGCAAAUUUGGAAGUUGAAGUUACUGUUCACGUGUACUAUUUAUGGGUACUGUUCAUAGGUACUGUUCACCGAGGGCUAAUAAUUAACGAGGAUUUGAAUGUUUAGUUUGUGAUAUAAGAAUAAAUUUGGGAAUGUUCA